CUUAUUUCCUAUGCAUUGAUGUAUAUUUAAUUCACCGGGACCUGACUGCUGUAUUUUGUUCUUUCAUGUACCUACAUGGCUGAAUGGGAAGUAAUAUCCUUGAAUCCUUGAAUGCUUGUGCAUACGUGGUCUGUUCAUGAGCAAUGGUGAAAAAUGGAAGAUACAGCGGCGGUUCGCCUUGUCCACCUUACGAAACUUUGGUUUUGGCAAAAGUGUCACAGAGCAGAGCAUCUGUGAAGAGAUCCGAUACCUUCAAGAGGAGAUAGAGAAUGACAAAGGUGAACCCUUCAGCCCAGCAGGCCUUUUCAACAAAGCUGUAUCGAACAUCAUUUGCCAGCUUGUGAUGGGGAAACGGUUUGACUACAGCGACCACAACGUCCAGAUGUUGCUGAAGUGUUUGUCUGAGGCUAUCCAGCUGGAGGGCACAAUAUGGGGUCAACUCUAUGACUCCUUUCCUAGUGUGAUGAAGCACUUGCCAGGCCCUCAUAACAGAAUAUUCAGCAACUACGAAACCAUCCUGGACUUCAUCGGUCAAGAGGUACAGAGGCACAAGCAGGAACUGGACCCCAACAAUCCCCAGGACUACAUUGACAGUUUCCUCAUCGAAAUGGAGAAUCACAAAGAAUCUGAUCUAGGCUUCAAUGAGACCAAUCUGGCUAUGUGUUCUCUGGAUCUGUUUCUGGCUGGAACAGAGACUACCUCCACUACUUUGCAGUGGGCUUUGAUUUACCUCAUCAAAAACCCUGACAUCCAGGAGAAAGUCCAGGCAGAGAUAGACAGCGUGAUCGGACAAAUCCGCCAGCCCACUAUGGCGGACAGACCAAACCUGCCCUACACUGACGCUGUCAUCCAUGAGAUCCAGAGGAUGGGAAACAUUUUUCCUCUCAAUGGAUUAAGAAUGGCUGCCAAAGACACGACUCUCGGCGGUUACUUCAUACCCAAGGGUACUUCCCUGAUGCCCAUGCUGACCUCUGUGCUGUUUGACAAGACUGCAUGGGAGACUCCAGAUACUUUUAACCCAGGACACUUUCUAAAUGCUGAUGGAAAGUUUGUAAAGAGAGAAGCAUUCCUUCCUUUCUCUGCAGGGAAACGUGUGUGUCUCGGAGAAGGGCUGGCCAAGAUGGAGCUGUUCCUGUUUUUGGUGGGCUUGUUUCAGAAGUUCUCAUUCUCUGCUCCUGAUGGAGUAGUGUUAAGUACAGAGGGAGCUGUUGGAGCCACAAAUGUACCGCAACCCUUCAAAGUUUGCGCCAAAGUUCGCUAAUUAUGCAGCAUCACAUUUUCCAUCUAACCAGAUUUAUAUGAGAUGUAACAGCAACCUCCUUUACAUGCUAUUAUAAAUAGAUAAAUAAAUCAUUUGAAAAUAAACAAAA